AGCUCUCCUUGUUCUAGAGGUCCCAGCAUAGUCAUGGAUCAACCCUCGUCGGCUAAAACAGCUCAAAAUGAGGCAGACACCAAUAAUUUGGAUGUAUUAUCUCACCCCAACUCACCAAUGCCACAUCACAGGCCAGGCCAUAGUGAAGAACACCACCGCGGGUCCUACCAGGAUCACGUACUUCACGGCCACCAAACUGAGCACCACCACGGCCACCGUGCAGGGCACCACCACCAUGGCAAGCACCACCAUUCUGCACACUAUGGUCAUCAUGGACAUCAGCGCUCCGGGGAGAACCUUCACAGGAGCUCCCAAGUCUUUGGCCCACACAGGCCUCACAGUGUGGCCAGACCCUCCUUUGUCUCGGCCCAUUCUCACGGAGCAGCCCUCCAGCCUAGCAUGGCACAUGUGCAGCACUCAGGCUUCAGCUUGAGUCCUUCCCACAGCAUUGGGCACUUGUAUGCCUCCCAGGUGUCCAGCAAAUUCUUUCCUCAGGACUCCUCCUCUACUGCAUCCUUGAGAACCUGGGAAGAAGAAGAUGAGCAAUUUCAUAAGCAUAAAACCACCAGAGCUCAGCGGGCCCACAAGAAGCGGCACACCAUGGACCUCUUCUACAAGCUGUGGGAAAAAUUAGGCUACUUCUUUCAGCACCUCCGGGGAAUGAUUAGGAACCUAACUGAAUCUCUACCCUUUGAAGGCUUCAUUUUCUUCAUUGUCAGCCUCAACACUGUCAUGCUUGUGGCUCAGACCUUCGCCGAAGUCGAGUCCCUGCGUGAGUGGUUCUUCAUGGCCUUGGACUCCAUUUUCCUCUGCAUCUACGUAAUAGAAGCCGUGCUCAAGAUCAUUGCUCUAGGCCUCAAUUAUUUUUCUGACUCCUGGAACAUUUUGGACUUCUUCAUCAUGAUCACGGCUGUGCUGGACUUCAUGCUCUUGCAGUUCAACUACUUCUCCUUCAUCUACCACCAAAGUGUCUUCCGGAUCUUCAAGGUCUUCAAGAGCCUGCGGGCCCUGAGGGCCUUCCGGGUCCUGCGAAAGUUCAGCUUCCUGCCCAGCCUCCAGGGACUGACGGGGAUUCUGGCCCAGUCCUUGCCUUCCAUCGGGGCCAUCCUCAUCCUCAUGUUUACCUGCCUCUUCCUCUUCUCUGUGGUGCUCCGGGCUCUGUUCCAUCAAUCUGACCCCAAGCGCUUCCAGAACAUCUUCACCACCAUCUUCACCCUCUUCACCAUGCUCACCCUGGAUGACUGGUCCCUCAUCUACCUGGACAACCGGGCCCAGGGCGCCUGGUACAUCAUCCCUAUUCUCAUGAUUUACAUCAUUAUCCAAUACUUCAUCUUCCUCAACCUGGUGAUUGCCGUCCUGGUGGAUAACUUCCAGAUGGCUCUGCUCAGAGGCGUGGAGAAAGAAAAGCAGGAGAAGGCCGACCAGAUCCAGGAGAAGCUGCUGGAUUACUCACUGAUAGACCUCAGCAAACCAGAGCCUGAAAAGAUAGUGAGUGAAGACACCAAACAGAAGCAGCACUUUGAACAGAAAUUUGAGACAUUAAGUGAGAAGCAGCAGGAGCUCCUGUUGCACUUCCUGCAACUGGUGGCCGGGGUGGAGCAUCAUCAACAGAAAUUCCGCUCCCAGGCCUCCGUCCUGGAUGAGGUUGUGGACGCGGCGUUUGAGGUUGGGGACGAGGACUUCAGGAAGUGACCCCUGGAUGGAGAGAGAUGUGGGAUACAGCCUUCAGUGUCUGGCAAGCUGCCCACUGGGGUGGGUCAGGACAAGUUCCCACAUCUGCUGGAAUGGUUGUUAGGCCCGCAGGGCUGGGUCCUAACAGAGUUUUAAAACCCCAA